ACACGGAAUCACUUGUGUCAUGAGUUUAUUCGGCAGGCUAUCCACCAUGGGCCAGACAUCCAUAUUGACUUUGCUAACUGCAGUGGCAUUCUCCUGCAUUACAACAGGAGUGCUGUCCCUGGCCAGAAGGAACUGCUCAGACAUAAACCUGACGCUAAGGGGCGGUGACUACACCCUCAGCCAGGGCCUUGAGCCUGGCUCCCUGCUGGUAUACAGCUGCCCCGAUGGGUACUACCCUCCCGUGAAGAGCCGACGCUGCCUGUAUGGACGUUGGCAACCCACUCCCAGUCGCAUAGAAAAGUGCAAACUGGUGCGGUGUCCUGACCCCAAUGCAUUUGAGCAGGGCUCCGUCACACCGUAUCAAGAGCGCUACUAUGUCGGCAACACCACGACAUAUGAAUGCUUCUCGGACUACAAGCUGUACGGGUCGGCGACGCGCGUCUGCAAAAACAAUGGGAAGUGGAACGGCACCACACCCAUCUGCAGUCGCAACACUGACCACUGUCCAGACCCCGGGAUACCCGCAGGGGCGCGUCGCGAUGGCCACAUCUUCAACAUCGGCGACAAGGUGACCUACCGCUGUGCGGACGCCCUGAUCCUCGUGGGCUCUCAGGAACGCACCUGCAAGGAGAGCGGACAGUGGACAGGCACCCAACCGGAGUGCCACUUUAGGUACACAUAUGACACACCAGAGGAAGUGGCGGAAGCAUUUGGGAGUGGACUGCAAAACAGCCUGAAGAUAGCCGAGCAGAAUGAAGCUCAGAAUCAUCAGGAAGGCAAGAUGAUCCGGACAGAUAAAGGAGGCACGCUAAACAUCUACAUCGCCAUCGACGUGUCUGAGAGUAUCGUUAAAGAGGACUUCGAGAAGUCAAUAGAAGCCACAAAGAGCCUGAUUGAGAAGAUAAGCUACUUCGAAGUGACUCCCAACUAUGACAUCGCGUUAUUUGCCACCAAACCGACCUUCAUAGUAGAGAUCUAUCACGCGUGGAGAGGUAACGAACAGAACCUCGCUGAAGUAAUUGAAAAGCUGGAUGCCUUCGACUUUGAAGGGAAAGAUGACAAGGAUACUGGAACCAACAUUGGGGCUGUUUUAGACAAGUUCCACGAGCACAUGAGCUUGAUGAAAACUCAAAACAGUACCAAAUUUCUCGAGAGCCAGCAUGUUAUCGUCAUGUUCACAGAUGGGGAGGCAAACAUGGGUCGUGAUCCCAAGUUUGCGGUGAAGAAGAUUAAAGACUUUGUGUAUGGAGACAAAAAAGAAGAGCGCAUGGAGAAACUAGAUAUUUACAUGUUUGGCGUGGGCCCAGAGGUGGAGAAGCAGGUGCUAAACGAAUACGUAACUGAAAAUGCUGGACAACACACCUUUGUGAUGAAGGAAAUGACAGGACUCCAUGAAGCCUUUGAGAAAAUGAUCGAUGAGAGUGGCAGUACGGACCUGUGUGGGUUACAUAGAGACUACACACAUAAGGACAAGGACAGCAAGCGUGAACCCUUCAAGUUCCCCUGGCUGGCUGAAAUUUCUGUCACACAUGAGGACGGCACCUUUUCUAAAUGUGUAGGCUCGCUGGUCUCACCUCGUUUCAUCCUGACCGCAGCCCACUGCUUCAAGUUCGGGGACACCAGUAGCCGCAUCACUGUGACCCUGGAAGAUGAAAAGUCUAGAACGCAAAAGGUGAAGAGACACAUCCCUCAUCCUGAAUACAACACCACCCGGAUGAAAACGGAAGGAAUCCCGGAGUUCUAUGACUACGAUGUGGCGCUUAUUGAGCUGAAGGCAGAUGUUAAGAUCUCUCCCAAAGCCAGACCCAUCUGCAUUCCCUGCACCACACAGACAAGUGGCGCUCUGAGAAUAUCCGACCCCAAUGUGAAGUGCAAGGAUCACGAGAAACUGCUCCUGAAUAACGAGUAUGAAGAUGCCCAUAUCAUGUCCCCUGCACGAGAGAUGAAAAACCUCAAGAUUAAGCUUGGAGCGUCUAGGGAUGCUUGCAUUGAGGAUGCCAAGAGGGCGAAGGGUGUAACGGCUAAAGACGCUAAGAAGAUUGUGACAGGCAACUUCCUUUGUACUGGAGGGAUCAACCCUGUGACUGAUGAUGUGGCAUGCAAAGGUGAUUCAGGAGGUGCACUGUUUACCGAAAAGAAUCGCCGUAGUGUGCAGGUUGGCGUGGUGAGCUGGGGCGUGGAGGACAUCUGUUUAGGACGCACCAGAGUGAACUCAAAGGAGCACACCAGAGACUUCCACAUCAACCUGUUCAAGGUGCAGCCCUUCCUGAAGCAGCACCUAGGAGACACGACCCAGGACUAUGCACCGCUAACUUUUAUAGACUAAAGAAACCCAAAGACAUUAACGUUUAUAGACUAGAGAAUGAGGGAAACAAAACCAAAGACUACGCACGACUAACUUUUAUAGAACAGAGAACAAAGACUAUGCACCACUAAGAGUCUAGAGGCUAGAGUACACCAAAGACUAAUUACCCUGUAUAGAUUAGAGAAAGUUUGAUAUUGAUACCUUUGGUUGCAUUACUAACAUUGAUAGCUUCUGCGAUUGAUAAAUAAAAGUGCACCCCUUCCACAAAAAAAGUACCUGGGAGAAGGAAAGAAAAACCAAAGACAACGCCCCACUAACUUUUAUAGACCAGAGAACACUGAAGACGACGCACCCCCAAGAACAAUACUCAAAACGUUUAUAGACUAGACACACAUCACUGUGUACAUAUUAUCAUGCAAGUGUCUUUUUUUCUUUUUAUCAAUUUUCUUUGCAUUUGUAUCCAUUCUUAGCUUCAAAAUGCUAUGUAUCGCUAAGGCAUGGAUCAGCUACACAGUCUCACCCCAAGUAGUCAAUAUCUGAGUACCUUUGACCAGACUGCAAUUUUUGACGUCUUGGGUAUUCCUUCCACGUCACAUUUUGACUAUGUCCUCAAAGGCGCCCCCUUGUGGCAGCAUAACGUCAUUGAAGUUAGGUUUAGGAAUAGGUUUAGGGUUAGGCCACAUAGUCAAAAUGUGACGUGGAAGGAAUACCCAAGACGUCAAAAAUUGCAGUCUGGUCCAAGGUAGUCAGAAAUUGACUACUUGGGGUGAGACUGCGUUGGGAUCAGGCAAACUUUGUUGUGUGUGACAUCAUUCAUCUGUUUUGUUUGCUCCAACCUCAUGGCGGGCCAAAUGUUUGCCUGGGUUGGAUCUGGCCCGCGGGCCGCUAAUUGGAGACCACUAUGCUAGAGGUAUCAUGUAGGGCAGUGGUUCCCAACCUUUUUAUUCAGGGACCCAUGUUUUUACCGUGGUAAGCUUUGGUGACUCAACCGUGCGAGCGCCCGCAUGAGGUGCCCUUUGUUUCCUGCGAAAACUCAUUGUAGUUAUUUUAUUCCUCAAUUCGGAUUUGGUCGAAUACAGAAUAAAUGUUUAAUUAUGUAGCACUUACAUUUUGUUGCUUCUAUGCAUAUAUUAGUUAAAUGCUUUGUCAUUUAUUCAACAUGGGCUACAUAUAUUUAAAAUUAAACACCUUAAAAUCAAGAGGUCUCCUCGACCCUCAGUUGAUCUUUGGCGACCCAUAAGUUGGGUUGGGAACCACUGAUGUAGGGGACAGCAAGCCAACAAGGCUCUCAUUAAUAUUUUCUGACAUGGUUUGACUCUACAGUGACCUCAACAUGGACGUUCGAAAGAAUGCUCCUCGGGGUUCUGCCAAUAUUGCACCGUAUACACAUGUCUGCAUAUCUUGUGUCUGGGGCUCUCAUGCACACAUAUUCUGCAGCAAUCACGUCUUUUACUUUAGUCUGUGCAGUGUAGAUGCCAUUAUCCAUGCUUUAUUUGUUGUAUUUGUGUCUUUUUAUGUGUCACAUGACAUUCUCUUUUGUAUAUUCAUGGUGUCAGAAGGAGUGUGUUCACUGUGCAUCAAGCACAGGGAUUGUCUCCGAAACUUAUUUUCAUUAACUCUUUGGUAAAUAAAAAAUAUUGAUUUUUGAA